CAUCCUACAAAAUUACCAAAGUCAAUCCCAUAUAAGCUGGCUCAAAUGUAUAAAUAGGCAGUUUCUGAAUUUAAUUAACAUUUAGUUUUAAUAUCUAAAAACGUACAUGAAUAUGUUAUCCUUUAUUUUGAUAUUUACAGUUGUGAACAUUCCGCACGUUGUACUGUCUGCCGGCCCCUACAGUGAGCCGCACUGCGCAGCCGGACGUGACACCAUUGUUCAUUUGUUCGAGUGGAAAUGGACGGACAUUAAGGCGGAAUGCGAACGAUUUCUAGGGCCUAAUGGGUAUUGCGGUGUACAGAUCUCGCCUCCAAACGAGAACGCAAUAGUCACCAACCCAAACAGACCAUGGUAUGAACGGUACCAGCCCGCAAGUUAUAAAUUAAUCACCAGGAGCGGUAAUGAGCGGGAGUUUAAAGACAUGGUAACAACGUGUAACAAGGUUGGUGUGAGAAUUUAUGUAGACGCGGUAAUAAACCAUAUGACCGGAGGUUUCUCCGGAAAUGGUACGGCGGGCAGUUAUUUCGAUGGUGCAAAUUGUGACUUCCCCGGCGUUCCAUACGGUAGUGGGGACUGCAACGGCCCUGACUUGUGCCAUACAAGUGAUGGGUCAAUUCAUAACUAUGGAAACGCCAUAGAAGUCCGCAACUGCAGAUUAUUUACUUUAGCCGAUCUUCGUCUAUCCGAAGACUAUGUAAGAGGUAAAAUUGUGGACUACAUGAAUAAACUUAUUGAUAUAGGAGUGGCUGGAUUUCGGGUGGACGCUGCGAAACACAUGUGGCCCGGUGACCUUCACAUCAUUUUUCGGAUGUUAAAUGACCUUAGAAGUGACGUAUUUGGGACAAGCAGAAGACCUUUUGUUUUUCAAGAGGUUAUUGACAUGGGCGGUGAGCCUAUAAAAAUGUCCGAAUAUUUCGGUACGGGGAGGGUUACUAACUUUAUAUACGGUGUAAAGCUAGCAGACAUUUUCUUGCAUAAUUCGAAUCAGGCCAAGUGGUUGGACAGUUGGGGCGAAAGAUGGAGUAUGCCUAAUACGAAUGAUGUAGUGGUGUUUCUUAGUAACCAUGACAACCAAAGGGGUCAUGGCGCGGGAGGGGAGCCAAUUACAUUUUACCAUCCCAAACAGCUAAAAAUAGCAACAGCGUUCAUGCUUGCACAUCCUUAUGGUUUUCCAAGAAUUAUGAGUAGCUUUUACUGGAACAGACAGAACAACUGGGAGGGACCACCACACAACGCUGAUAUGAGUAUUAAAGAUGUUGUCAUCAAUCCUGACUUGACAUGUGGAAACGGCUGGAUAUGUGAACAUAGAUGGCGCCAAAUUUUCAAUAUGGUUGCGUUCAGAAAUGUCGUUGCUGGUACUCCUCUCACAAACUUCCGGUCAUAUGGCGGCCAGCAGAUCUCAUUUUCACGGGGAGGCAAGGGGUUUGUAACCCUCGUUGGUGACGGCAGCACUCUUAAUCAGACGAUAAACACAGGACUUCCGGUUGGUGACUACUGUGACGUCAUUUCCGGGAAUUACGUGAAUGGAACUUGCAGCGGUAAAGUUAUACGGGUCGAAGAGAAUGGUGAAGCUCAUAUUUCAAUCAAAGGUGAUGCUGACGAUCCAGUGAUUGCUAUUCAUAUUGGUGCAAAGAUUUGAAGCCCAAAGAAGGUGACGACAUAGACCGAUGUACUUGUAAAAUAAAUAAUGAAAUCCAUUUUUUGGCUUUGUUAACAUAAACUUCACAUGCUCAAACCAUGCAAUAAAAUUAAUUUAAAAUAUGAAAUGUA